AUGCUUACGAUGCAAUUACGCGCUUUGCCUAUCGUAAAAUUUUUGCGGCCUGUUUAACGCAACCCUGGCAUAAUUGCAACGGGGUGAGAGGCUCGUAACACCACGGGUUUUACCGGGCUCGAGGCUUUGCGAUUUCAACCGCAGCCGGCUCUUGUCCGUCUCUUCAUCAUCUGUUCUACACCUCGCACUGUUUGCUCUCUAACCGCAGGAUUAAACGCGUUUAAUCCGUUUCGCAUUCUAUCGGGCAAGCAACGUGCAAUAAAACCUGCAUCAACGAGGGAAAAGGAAAAAGGAAACAAUGUUUCACGAGACGUCCCGUUAGCCGGCCUAAAUGCUAAUCCCGAUACCCCGGGAACAGAGAUAGAAACGAGCCUGUUUGCCCUCUGUAAAAUCGCAGUCCUUUAUAUUUACCUUGGCCAUUUCCACGACCGUCAUCAUCUUAGCUACAUGUACGUGUAUUUCAUUUCUUCAUCUUGAGAAAACGUAAUCCCUCGCGUCGUUCUGAGAGUGACACGUCGCUCUAGCGAUUCGAUCAUCUCGUUAGAUGACCGGCGGAAAUUAGACGGUUGUUGCUCGAUUCGAAGGAUCAAAUUGAGGAUGAGACGCUCGUGCGGGGUUUUCUACUAUUGCGGAGAUUGAGCGGCAACUUUCGAGAAAUAAAAGGGAACCGGGUGCCGAAUUAAAGAAGCAACUGUUUGAUCCUCCUUUCGCAACAAGAUUUUCGUAAAAAGUCAAUUUUCAAACGAAACACGUUCUAGCUCUAGCUCGUUAGAUCUCUGUGUGAGAUAUUCCGAUCCUUAGGAUCUAACGAUUUGCCAAAAUCAGCCCUAUCCUCCCGAGUAUCUCUCGAGAUGUUCUCGCAGAAAAUUACACAGGCAAACCGCAAAACUGGCCUACUUUGGUCGUUUCGACUCGAGAGGCAAACGGCCGAAAAAUAUGGAAAUUAGAGGUUGGAGGAUCGCGGGAAAGGUGGACGCGUGUGAGGAGGUCAUUGUUCCUGGGGUACAAGAACUUUCUCUUAUGCCCAAUAAAAGCAAACCAAACGAGAACCGAUCGCCAAGUUCGAUUCUCAGGAGGAAACGGCGAUAGUUUGGGAAUCGCAUCGUGGGUCAGCUUGGCUGAAAACAGAGAGAUUAUCGCCGGAUUAAUCAGGGCUCGUUUGUUCGUAGGCACGGCGCGAGCGGCGAGCAACGACAACGAGGAGGAAGUGAACUGGGAACCGUCUCGAGUUGCCCGAGGUCGGUACCAGCAGCUCCCGCCAAAGGAGGAUGAUGGAUCGCUGGCAUUAGAUAGGAUGUUGGGCUUUCACGAGAAAGCGCGACUUAAUAACGCCAUUGAGACCUCCUCUACGUACGGAAUCCGCCUGUUCAACGGAAUCGGCCGUUUCCGGAGAAGCAAUUCGGUGCCAAGGUACGUUCAAGUUCCUUACGAUUUUACUACGAGCAUUGCAUCGAACGAACCGUUAUCAAUGCACGCUUGCGUAGAACUUUUUCAUUGUUUCAACGUGAAAAACGAAAGUCGUAUAAUUUUCGUACAUCUACGAAGGUUUUCGUUUUUUAAAAGAACUUCCUCUCCGAGGGAGAAACGAGGGAAGAGUCGAGUUCGUGCAAGGUCUCGGGGGUUAGAGCGGAGUGUAUCUUUUGCCAACUAG